CACACCUCUAACCCAUCCCACUUUCAGCAGAAGUAUAUCCUCAUUCGGUGUACGUCUCACAAGCUAUCAACAUCAGCGAGAGCAGAAGUUGUUAUCUGGUACCAGCAAGCUGCUUCUCUCCAUUCUUAGUUUGCUGCCAUGACUUCAGAUGCUGCUGAGUUUGUGGAUAGACACAGGGCUGAGCUCAUCCAGAGGGUCCACACGGUGAUGCCCAUAGCAGAUGAUCUGCUCAGAAAUAAAAUGAUCCAUCCUGAGGUGUACUCUAAUAUUCAAACUGCCAAUACCAGCCAGGACCAGAUGAGAGAGUUGUACAAAGCCUUAAAGUCAGGAGGGCCAGAAGUUAAAUCAGCCUUCUACAGGAGUCUGCUGAAACAGGAUCGUUAUCUAGUCGAAGAUCUGGAUGGCCCUGUUGGAGCUCUAGGAGAUGAUUUUAACAUGGGAGCAUCUUCUUCAGGGAGACCUACAGGACAUCUUCAGCCAGCAUCAGAUGAGGAAUCAGUUGGAAAGAUCACAUACUACACCAGUAAACAUCUUGGAAAAGGUGCCGAUGCAAUUGUGUUCAGCGGUUACUUCCUUUGUGAUGAUAACAACAAGCGUCCUGCGGCAGUGAAGAGAAUUGAACUAGCAAAACAAAGCAAUGCUGAUCGAGAGGUCGCUUUGCUUCUUGAAUUGGACGACAAUCCCCAUGUCGUCCGGUACUUCUGCACUGAGAAGGACGGGCAAUUCAUAUACAUUGCCAUCGAGCUGUGUGCCGCCUCUUUAGAUAAGUGUUUUACUAAAGAAGAACCUUUUGACCUUCGCGGACUGAAACCAGUGAUGCUGCUGCAGCAGACCAUGAUAGGACUGAAACACCUGCACUCUCACGAAAUAGUCCACCGUGAUGUGAAGCCCCACAACAUCCUGUUGAAAGACCACUCUGGCUCAGUCACGGUCAAGAUCUCAGAUUUUGGGAUGAGUAAGCAGUUAGCGGACGGCAGACAAAGCUACAGCACGAGGUCAGGAGCCCUUGGCACCAUGGGCUGGAAUGCCCCAGAGGUCCUGGAUGAGAGCAGGAAAGUAAACCCUACCAGUGCUGUGGACAUCUUCUCUGCCGGCUGUGUGUUUUACUAUGUGUUGACAAGAGGAGAACAUCCCUUUGGAAAACCCAAUAGGCGAGCUGGUAAUAUCGAGGAUGACAAAUACAUCCUUGACGGAUUACAGAAAGACAAACAUGAGGACAUCGUGGCCACAGACCUGAUAGAACAGAUGCUGAAUAUGGAGCCCCAGAGGAGGCCUUCUGCUGAGAGCGUGCUCAAACACCCCUUCUUCUGGAGCCUGGAGAAACAGCUGCAGUUCUUCCAGGACGUGAGUGACAGAAUUGUAAUGGAGGCAUCGGAUGGUCCAAUCAUACAGCAGCUAGAGUCAGGGGGACAGGAAGUGGUGAGGAAUAACUGGAUGGAACACAUCACAGCAGUUCUGAGGAAAGAUCUAGAAAGACGCAAAGGAGCAUAUGAAGAGGGCUCUGUUAAAAGUCUUCUACGUGCCAUAAGAAACAAGAAACACCAUUACCACGAAUCUCCUAAGGAGGUCCAGGAGACUCUGGGCUCCAUCCCUGAUGACUUUGUCUCCUACUUCACCUCCCGCUUCCCCCACCUGCUGCUGCACACCUACCUCGCCAUGCGUUCCUUUGCUGAGGAGCUGACUUUACAAGAUUACUACCCCGUCCAACACGAGACUUAGACGGCAGAAGAGAACACACCCAGAGCCUGACGUGACGACAACCAAGCCAACAACUAAAAGAAUGUGACCAUAGUGUGACGUCAGGCGCUCCACUGAGAAGUACUCCAUCCCACACCAGCAAACCUCCAAUCUAUGUCAAUGGUUUGUCAUGGUUCUUUUUACUGUUUACAUGAACAAUAUUGGUUUAUCUGAAGAAGAAGCAAUCACUUUCACCUGUAUGCAGAUGACAAGGUUGUGUAUGCUAUUUCCCCGAUGGCUGACCAGGUUCUGUCAGAGCUUUAAUUUGCCUUUAUUGCCUUGCAGAAAGCCUUUAUUAAACUGAAAUUGGUACUUAAUGCAGGUAAAAACCAAGUAUAUAUUAUAUUCCAAAUCAGGUAAAAAUGUAUCUGAUGAUUUAUGCAUACGUACAUUGGAUGGUGCCCUCAUUGAUUGUGUCCCCACUUAUAAAUAUCUAGGCAUCUAGAUUGAUGAUAGGCUGUCCUUCAAAAAGAAUGUUGAUGUUAAAGUACAAUAUGCAGAUAUCACUCUGCCAUUUCCUGGUUUCUAAAAUUGCAAUAGUUUGCCUAAUUUCAGUUUAUGUGUCACGCUCUGACCUAAGAGAGCUGGUUUUUCUCUGUUUAGUUAGGUCAGGGUGUGAUAAGGGGUGGGCAUUCUAUGUUGUUUUGUUUCUAUGUUUUGGCCGGGUAUGGUUUCCAAUCAGAGGCAGCUGUCUAUCGUUGUCUCUGAUUGGAAGACAUACUUAGGCAGCCUUUUUUCCACUUGGUUUGUGUGGGUAGUUGUUUUCUGUUUCGUUGUAUUUACCUGACAGAACUGUUGGCUGUCAUUUUGUUUAUUUUGUCUAGUGUUCGUUUUCAUAAAAAAAUAAUGAUGACCACUCAACACGCUGUGCCUUGGUCUCCUCUAUAUGACGCCCGUUACAGAACUACCCACCACGAUUGGAUCAAGUGGCGGGCCCGGGCAGAGAUGGAUACCUGGUCGAUGAAGGAGUGGACCGAAAGGAGAAACUGGACUUGGGGCCAGGUAAUAGACAGGUAUCGUAGCCUACCGGGGAAGAACGAGAGGCAGACCCAAAAUAUUUUUUUUGGGGGGGCACACGGGUAGUUUGGCUGGGCCAGGGGUGAGACCUGAGCCAACUCCCCGUGCUUAUUGUGGUGAGCAUGUACCUGCUCCUCGCACUCUCCCCCCCAGUGCGCCUCCAUAGCCCAGUACGUUCUGUGCCUGCUCCUCGCACUCUCCCUCCAGUGCGCCUCCAUAGCCCAGUAUGGCCGGUGCCUGCUCUGAGCACCCGGUCCUCAGUGCGUCUCUCCAGUCGGGUGAGACAUGUUCCAGCUCCACGAGAAAAGCCUCCAGUGAUGAUCCAUGGCCCGGAGCCUGUAGGGAUGUUCCAUGGCACGAAGCCUCCAGAGGUAAUCCAUGGCCCAGAGCCU